AUGACGACAUCAUUUACCAUUUUUAAGGCCCUUCCCCCGGAACUGCGCAACAAAAUUUGGCGUGCGGCGCUGCCCGACGACGUUGGGCCAGCCCUCUUCUUCUAUAAACACAAACGCUAUUGGUGCGCGCGCAGGUUGAAAAGAUCUGAACCCGGAUAUAUACCGCGGACUGGUGUCAUGGCCAUGGAUUUCCGCACGGAUCUGCUGGGCGAUGAUAUUCGCCUUUAUAUGCCGCUUGUCUUGGUCAAUCGAGAGGCACGCAGUAUUGCAAUAGACUGGCUCGAACAGCAAGGGUUUGAUGCGAAGAAUCUGCAUCCUCAUCAUCACAUCAUGACGCGCACUUUCAACUAUGACUCGGAUGCAUUAUAUAUUUCUGAUGAGCAAUGGAAAGGUUUUCUUAAAGAGCCUCGUCUUUUUAGGAGAAAUCGUGGUCUUUAUAACCGACAUGUGAAAGUCCACCCGAAUGUCAGUAGAUUCGCAGUGUCCGAGUCCUUCUUUACGCGGCGCGAUCUCCUAGAGAGACUCCCCGACGUAGAGACGUGGAUGGAUCUCCGCGUCGUCUUUGUCGUGGUCGGCGCACAGCCAGAUGUCCGACUAAGGAAUGUGCGCUGGGAGCUAGAGGAUGUCGACAAAGGCGCUUUUAUCUGGGAUAGAGAACGGCAAGAUUUUAAUUUCCGGCGAGGCACGGGGACUCUCGUCGAUGCAGAUGCGUACAGAAGGAUAGGAGACGCAGCUCGGGCUCAUCUCCCAAAGGGGCUGCUCCAACAUCACAAUAUGAAGACUCUGGAGAUUCGGCCUGUCAGUGUAGCGCGAAAGCAUAAUUACAUUCUUUAA